GUUGGCCUAAUGCGACCACUGCCAAAAUUUGGAACUUGCGAAAUUUUUGCCAAUGUUUUUUCCUCGCCAAAAAUUGGAAAUAUUUUAAGCAAACAAAAUUGGCUCUAGUGCUACCCGGGCCUAAUUACUAUUCUGCACUGCCGAAAAAGUGAUGAAACCUGAACACUCUAAUGAUUGUUACACUGCGUAUCUAUUGGUCCGUUAACGAAACGCAGACCAAAAGGAUGAAGGGCUCUUCGGACAGUUUGGAUUUUCAUGAAUUUUAUGCGUUUCACGCAGCUAAGACUAAGGAGUCACGUUUACAUCACAAAGUAGUGGACAUUCCGGGAAACGUUGACCGUUGACUGAGUUGUCAUCAGACAUCUGCAGCCAUGCACAAGGUUUAUUUCUAUGUUCCUAACGUAAUAGGUUACAUACGUAUUGUUCUUAAUUUAUCUGCCUUCUACUUCAUCUUGCACAAGCCACUUCUUACCGUGGCUCUUCAUUUUACUGGUGGAAUAUUCCUAGAUGUUGCUGAUGGAGUGUCCGCACGGUAUCUCAAACAGUGUUCCAGAUUUGGAGAUUUGCUUGAUUUUCUUUUGGACAGGUGCGGAAGAGUAGGAAUGAUGAUGGCAUUGUGUGUGUGUUACCCUCAGUACUUGUUUGUUCUUCAGUUGCUUGUCUGCUUAGAGGUAGCAGGGUGUUUUUCAAAUCAUUACAGGUGUACCUUGAUGACACAACCAAAUAGUAUUUUGCAAAAGAAGAUGUGCAGUUACGAUCCCUGGUUGAUGAGGAUUUUCUUUCGGGAACCCUUCUUGACGCUGAUCAUAUUUGGUCAAGACUUGUGUGUGGCCAUGUUGUACCUCCUUCAUUUUUCACCUGGACCAAUAGUCUCAGUGGCUGGAACCUCCUGCAGUUUAUGGGUAAUGUUAGCCUACAUUGGUGCUCCGUUCUUGAUCUACAGACAAGUCGUUGUCUGUGGCCUUUUACUCGUAAACUCGUUUAGGGACAUGGCUCGGUUGGAUCAGAAAGACCCUAGAAGAAACACAAAAGUUGAAUGAUUAGAGUUCACAAAAUCCACCACGAUGAUGGCAACAGGAACGUCCAGAGACAGAAGGUUUCAGAUGAGCGGAACGAUGGCCCUGCACGUGCGUUAUACAUCUUAGUGCGCACAGUUUUUUAAAAUCGUCCUCUGUAAAACCAUUGCGUUAAAUGUGCGUUUCAUGGAGAACGGAAACCAGACUACGGCGAGUUUUCUACACUUGACAGUUCUAACCUCGGAAGGGGGUUGGGGGAACUCCCAUUUAAAAAGGACGGGGGUGCCCGUCGUACUUCUUAGGAGUUAAAAAAGUGGUUUUGGUACCUCUAAGGGUGUUCAGCCUCAAAAGGGUCCACAACGGGAGUUUUCGAGGUAGAUUUUAAUAGGAUUUGAGCCAAAGAAAAUUGACAGGAGAUCAUGUGUUCUUUUUUUAGAAUUGGCACCCCUUCAGGGGUUAAAAACGUCUCAAGCCACGCCCACAAAACAGGAUCUUGGUACCUCUUAGGGGGUUCUUUUCAAUACCACAAGAAUUGGCAAGUAGUAAUAGUAGUUUUAUUGGCCGUGUCACAAGUAAAAGUAGUCUAAAUAGUUUCAGGGCGACAGUCGAAACACCGCCAUAGGGCGCCUUCUGCAACCAAAGUAGUAACGUAUCAAUCAAUUCGAAACUUCAACAUCCCCUCCCCGGGGCACCCCCCUGGGCAUCAAACAUUUUCAAUUGUGGUCAAAUUACCAUCCCCAGGGUCAGGAUAUUUGUUCAAAUGCCCCACCCUUGGGUCGUACUAGGUGAUCAAAUGCCCAUACCCCCGGGACCCACAUGGAAAAAGUGGCAACGGAAAGUUCAAAUUUGAUGGGAGACGUUAGUGAGACCUGACGAAAUUAACAGGGUUGCCACAGGUCAAAAUGGUCAGAGAAAAAAAUUCUUCAAGGUCAGGGAAAAGUCAGGCAAUUUUAUUUUGAGUCAGGUAAAAUUGAAAUAAUUUAACACGGAGCCUCAUUUAAUACCAUUGAAGGCUGGAAGGAAUAUUUGGGGACAUUCUGAUCUGAACUAUAUUUUUCCUCAAUGAAGAAGGAAAAUUUGUUGAAAACUUAUUAGUCCUAAUGAACGAGCUGAAAGGACGGCUGUAAGUUGAGGCCGAAAGCCGCUUCUAGAUCUGACAUUUUGUGUUAGUUUGGUCAGGGAAAUCUUAUUUUUGUCAGGGAAAAGUCAGGGAAUUUUGAAAAGUGAUGCCUGUGGUAGCCACACUCGUGUGGUCUGAGGUUAAGUAACAAAUAUAAAAUAAAAAUAAAAAUGUUAAAAGAGAAA